AUGCAGGGAACAAAGGGCGCACCGACCACAAACAGUGGUGGCAAGCUCCAGAUUCGCACGGCUCUCUUGGAGUCUGUGCGCCGCUACAAUGAAGAGUGUUUAAACAUGUCAACGGCGACGACGGCGGCCGAGGAACCGCUCGCGACCCAGACGCAGCGCAUCGAUAGGUUUCCUGAUGCGUUGCCACGGAUGAUUGCCCAGCUCUACCCCAGCCUUACGAACCCCUCCUGGGCAAUGGAGGAGUGUGUGCGCCUGUGCCCCGCCGCGGAGGUGUGGUGCGGGACUGCGUUGCCCAAGGACGUGUGGGCACCGCCAGGCACGGCUGAGUGCCCGUUUGGCACAGAGCCUAUGGACUUCAACGCACAUCGAUGA